ACGUUUCUCCAGCAGCAGCUCGCGUGUGUUUUGCGCCGUUUUUUUUUCUCGCGCAUUUCUCUCCUCUUGAGGCUGAACGAAUGUACCCACGGAAUGUAAAUCCAACAUCAAGACAGGGGCGACGUUUCUCUGCCUGUCUCUGUAUAUCCCUCUCUGUGGCUAAGUAAUUGCCUAAGGGAUCCGAAGCCAUCGGGUUUUUUAGCUGUGGAAACAUAAAGGGAGGUGAAGAACCAAAUGAAAAGAGGGAGAACGAACGGAAAAAUAGGCUGUUUUUUUCCCUUCCCCAUCAGCUCCCUGAGAGUUACCUGUCCGUGGCUGCAGAGGUGAAGACGUUUCGCUUUUUUUUUUCUUCUUCUUCCCCCGUUUGCGAAGCUGAAUCGCUCUGAAUGGGAAAAAUGCCUUCGACUCCUUGUCACUGAUACCAUGGACAGCUCACUCGCCAUCACUCGCGCAGGCUGAAGAGGGACAUUUGGAAGAAGGACGGCGCAGAAGGGUGAAGUCAGGCAUUUCUCAGGUCAAACUAACCUACUGGAUGCUGGAAAUCUCACACGCUUCUGGAAGCUGAAGAUGAAGUUAUUAUGGAAACCGUUUUUGCUGCUAUCAGUCAUGGAGUGUCUUACAGAUUGUUUGGAUUAUAAAUCAUUCCACGGGCCAAAAUGGAGGAUGGAGCCCAGUGAUUUAAUAUUGCCAGUUGGUUUACCGGAAGAAGAGGCCACACUCACCUGUGAUGCCAAAGGCUUUCCUGCUCCUCAAUACAGGUGGUCAUUGAACGGCACACUGAUUGAUUUGAGGGCUGAUAAUCGACGGCGUCUAUCUGGAGGGAAUCUAGUGAUUAGGAAUCUGGACCUCGCAGAGGAUGCAGGAAUCUACCAGUGCACUGCUUUUAGCUCACUGGGAGCCAUUCUCAGCAGGAGAGCAAGCCUUCAGUUUGCAUACUUGAAUUUUAAAACUCAAACAAGAAGUGCUGUGUCAGUGCGCCAAGGCCAAGGAGUAGUUUUACUCUGUGGUACACCCAUAUAUGCAGGAGAGCUGCAUUUUGCCUGGGUGUUCAACGAGUACCCAUAUUUUGUUCAGCAAGACAGCAGACGUUUUGUCUCCCAAGAGACUGGAAACCUUUACAUCGCUAAAGUGGAGCCUUCAGAUGUUGGGAACUACACAUGCGUGGUGGUAAAUCGCAUUACAAAGGUCAAAAUGUUGAGCUCUCCCACUCCGCUGGUCCUGAGGACAGAUGGUGUGAUGGGUGAAUAUGAGCCCAAAAUAGAAGUUCAUUUCCCUGAUAUGGUUCCAGCAGCCAAGGGCUCCAUUGUGAUCCUGGAAUGUUUUGCUCUGGGGAACCCAGUGCCUGAAAUAACAUGGAGGAGAGCUAAUGGUGUUCCUUUCCCAAACAAAGUGAAGAUGAAGAAUUCUAAUGUCGUUCUGGAGAUUCCCAGUUUCCAACAAGAGGAUGCGGGUGGUUAUGAAUGUGUGGCAGAAAACAAAAUGGGCAGGAACACUGUGAAAGGACGACUUGCCUUCCAUGCUAAGCCUCAGUGGGUGCAGACCAUGCAUGACAGUGCCUUAUCCAUUGAUGAAAGGCUGUUUUGGGAAUGUAAAGCCAAUGGAAAGCCCAAGCCCUCCUACAGCUGGCUAAAGAAUGGAGAACUACUUAACACAGAGGACAGGAUUCACAUAGAGGAUGGAGCUCUUACUGUAGCUUCAGUCAACAUGUCUGAUACUGGCAUGUAUCAGUGUGUUGCGGAAAACAAACACGGCAUAAUUUAUUUCAGCGCUGAGCUGGUAGUGCUUGCCUCACCUCCGGAUUUCUCCAGAUCCCAAGUGCGAGCACUACUUAAAGCUAAAACUGGUAGCACUGUGACUAUGGAGUGCAGGCCCCAGGCUUAUCCCCCUCCUAUCACAUCCUGGAGGAAAGGCAGUGAACAGCUCCAGAGCACAGAAAGGAUAAGUCUUCUCUCUGAUGGAACAGUACGUAUUAUAAAUGUGACCAAGACAGAUGUGGGAAGCUACACAUGCCUGGCUAGAAACCAGUUUGGAAUGGCAAGCACCACCAGAAGACUACUGGUCACAGAUCCCACACGGAUCACUCAGGGCCCAGUGGAUAUGGAGAUCAUAGUGGGCGAGAGUAUCGUGCUGCCGUGCCAGAUCGCUUGCGAUGCCUCUCUGGAUGUGUCCUUUUCCUGGGCCUUUAACGGUCAGCUCCUCAACAAACUUGACCCGCAUUACGAGCACGUUGGUGGGGGGGUUGCUGGAGAUCUAAUGAUACGCAAUGUUCAACUGAAGCAUGCCGGGAAGUAUGUCUGCGUCAUUGACACUGACGUAGAAAGUUUGUCUGCAGCUGCCAUUUUAAUUGUAAAAGGUCCCCCUGGAGCUCCAGACGAUGUAACAGUAGAAGAGAUCACAGACAGCACAGCGCAGCUUUCUUGGAGGCCUGGCCAAGACAAUGGCAGUCCCAUCCUCAGCUACAUCAUCCAGACCAAAACGACUUUCACUGUGGGGUGGCAGGCAGUGAACACAGUGCCCGAGGUGAUAGAUGGGAACACUUUGACUGCUACAGUGGUAGACCUUAAUGCGUGGGUGGAGUAUGAGUUCCGGGUGCUGGCUAGAAACAGUGUUGGCGUAGGGGAACCAAGCCCAGCUUCGCUCAAAACCAGGACAGAGGAUGGAGUUCCCGAUACAGCACCAGCUAAUGUUGGUGGUGGAGGAGGCUCCAAGUCUGAAUUGGUAAUAACGUGGGAGCCUGUGCCUGAGGAGCUGCAGAAUGGAGACGGUUUUGGUUACAUCAUUGCUUUGCGGCUGCUUGGUGAGCUAACAUGGACGCAUGUUGUGACGUCAGCACCAGGACGCUAUGUUUAUCGCAACGAGAGCAUUGCACCAUUUUCUCCUUUCGCUGUAAAAGUGGGAGCGUACAACGUGAAAGGCCAGGGACCCUUCAGCCCUGUCACCACAGUGUUCUCAGCAGAGGAAGAGCCCAGCAGAAUGCCCGGAGGUGUGUGGGCUCGGAGUAUUUCUGACACUGAAUUUGAAGUGGGCUGGCAGACACUCUCUGACUCUCCCGAAAGAGUUUUAGGUUAUGAGGUCAUGUACUGGGAAGAUGACACUAAGCCAGAGACCAUGGGAAAAGUGCGAGUAUCUGCAAAUCAGUACACGGUGAACAUCAGUGGCCUGAAGGGGUACACGCAAUAUUUUCUCACAGUGAGCUCCUUCAACACAGCAGGAACCGGACCACACACACCUACCAUUAACAUCACCACCAAAAAGUCUCCACCAGGACAGCCACCAGUGAAUGUGGAGUGGAAUCUGAUAGGCUCGAAGCUAACUGUCCACUGGGACCCUGUAAUUACCAUGGAGAUGGAGUCAGAGGUUACUGGGUAUAAGGUUUCCUACACAAGGAACAGACAUACGGAGAUUAACACAGUGACCACUAACGUUACCUUUGUGGAGCUCAUCCUUCCUGCAGAUGAUAAUUAUAUCAUUCAGAUUUGUGCUCUGAGCGACAGUGGGGACGGCAUGCCCACCGAGCCCAUCAACAUACACAAACUGAGUAUGAGUGUACGGGGUUCAAGAGCCUGGCAUCCAACCACCAUCCCCUUGCCCUUGCUUUUUAUCAUCGCAUUAACUGCCAUGAGGCCAAAUUUGUGAAAAGGACUCAUAAUGCACUAACUUGCACAGAGUUGAUCAAUUGUAAGCUCAUUCUUUACAAAUCAUAAGAGCAGUGUAUUAAAACUUUUUUUUUCUUUCUUCAAAAACUCUUAACCUUCCCAUGUUUUAUCUGAGGCAGCAUCACGUGAAUUUGAUGAAACCCACAAGGAAAUUUGAACGCUACAUGAUUUUUUUUUUGUGCAUGUUGUGGUCUCAAGGCAAGCAUUUAAAUAGACUGAACACAGUUCAGUCAUACUUUUUGUACCGUACACGGAUGUCAUGACUCAUAUGCACUACGUGCCAGCUGGUCUCUGUGACCCUUGCGGAGAACAAAAUGCCUUACUUCCAUGUUACAUGCCAAAGUAGUUUAUGUCUUUUGUCAUGUCCUUCACUUCCUGUUGCUAAGCUACUGUUUGUCCAGACAUGCUUUUUAUUCCUUUUUGAUAUGAAAACGUAAAGUAAAUAGUGUUUUUAUACUAUAUUGUCACAUAUCACUGGCACUCCGCGGCUUCGGCGUACUCAUUUUACAGAAUAUGAUUUUUCACUGUGCCUUCGAUAUAAUAGCUGCAUAUCUUGAGUUAAAAUUUACAUCAUUGAGCCUUUACUGUUCAGCCAUUCAUUAUGUUUGAGAAUGUAGCAGUGUGUCUUCUGAUUUGUUUCGGGUUAGUGGUGAAGCAAUGUCUAUGUGUCAUGAGCCUAUGUUAUUGGGUUCUGUCAACAUAUAAAUAUAGCACAGUGUAAUAUUGAGUUGCUGCCAUACAAUUCAUUAUCAGUUUAUAAUGUCCCGUGUCUAUAGAUACCACUAGAGUAUUGAUAUAAGCUGAUAAUAUUAUAUUCUCCCAAGCUGCAUUAUGUCAUAGCUACAGAAUUCAUCAGACUUUUUUAGAGAGAAGAAUUGUUCUAGUGAACAGCCUGUAACUUUUUUUUAUACAAUGCUGAGGAAAAAGGGCAACCUCUUAAGAAUUAAUUAUAUCUAGGGCAAAAUUAUCGAAAGUAAAAAUUAGGGUUUAGAUAUAAAACGAUGAAUAUUUCACAGAGAAUUUAGUUCAGAAAAACAAGCAGGAGCCAGAGAGCAAAAGUGACCAUAAUGUUACCACCGUCAUGUUUUGCUGUAUGGACAUUGUUAAGGAACAAAUGUAGUACUCUAUGCCAAGACCAAAAAUUUAAAUUUCAUUAUUCAGAAAAUCAAACAUGCCUUUGGGAAAAUUUCUAACAGGAUUUUAUGUGGCUUGCCACCUGGGGUGUAAUGAUGCGGUGUCACAUGAAUCAUGUUGCAGAAAUAUGCUAUAGUGUUUUAGACAAAAAUGCACAAAGAUUUGCAUUAUUUAUGGCUCAGAAAUAUAAAAGGAUUCUUUUAAAUAUAUAUGUUCCUUAACAUAAACAUUUUCAAAAUAUUUUGAGAAUCAAUUUAAAUGAAAUCAUGAAGCCAGUGUCAUGCACCGAAAGAAGUCGUGAUAGGAGUGUUUUACUUCACACCUACUUGCUGCCCAGCUUUGUGAAAUAUCUGGGCAUUGAUUGUCCUUUAAACAACAUCUCCUGUCUGAGCUGUGCAUCUUCUCAGUUUCUUUCAAUUGGCCUUUAGUCUUAAAAUUUUGGUGAAAAGCCUAACCUCUCUCUAACAAUUUGUGUCACAUUUAUUCUAUUAAUUAAUAAUGGAUUUAUUAGUAUUCUCUGGGAUUUUGACAUUUAGGAUUUUCUUUUCUUGUCAAACUCCUUGUGCCUAACCUUAUAUCAUUUUUUCCAAUUUUUAUUUUUAAAUUUGGGAUUUAGGACAUCAGCAUAAUUUAAUCAGUUGUGUAACACUAAUAUUUUACCUUGUUAAAAAGAUAAACAACUGUCUGUGCCUGUGUACACAGUAACUGAAUAGCAAAAAGUUUCAACCUGUAGACAUAAUAAAUGUUUAGUUUAGAUAUCGGAAUUUUAGACAUUUUUUUAGUUUAACAUUUUACUGGUAAAAUAGCUGAGUAAAUGAGCCAGACUCACAUGAUGUGUGCGCUUUAAUCUUCACAUCAAUAUUUCUUACAUUAUGUAAUGAUAAAUGAUGUGCCUGAUCCAUGCAGUAUUUCAGGAACUAUUAAAACAUGCUCACAUAUUGCUUUGCAGCCAUUAGGGUUUGACUGAACAGAAUGGUGUAUAUUCUGUCCAUAAGAGCAGCAGAAGGCAUACGGAUGUGAACUGAUGAAAGAUCUUUAGCAUUUUUUUGUUCCCCUCCUUUUUAUUUCAAGUGCAGACAUCCCCAGUGUCCUCUUCAGAGGAUAGGGAGAAGGCUGAUCACACUAAGAACACAGUCUUUUGCCUUGGUCAUGUAAAGUGCUGCAUUUUCACUAGCUGUCUUUGCAUCGAGCAUCCAUUUUGAUUUUCAAGUCAAAUGAAAAUCAGCACAAAAGUGAACGCAAGAGAACAUUCGCUCGUCUUUGGCCUUUUUUUAGCAGAAGAAUGUGUUAUUCUUACAGACUUGUACAGAUGUAAAUGCCUGCAAUCUGUCAAGGCUGUCAGAAACCUUUGUCCUGGAUUGGGACCACUGGGUAGAUUUGAUUCAGAUUCUGAUCAUGGCUGGUUACAUUAUAGGUGCAUGAUGCCACUUAUGGUUUGGGGACGACAUUUCCUUCAUUUUCUAGUUUUUUUUAGCCAGGUAUGCGUUGAAAUGUUUGUGUGAGACCAGAAAAAACGUGAAAAUGUGCGUAUGUGUGCGUGCGUGCAUGUGUUGUGUAGUGCACAAUCAAUAUCUUACAUCAUAAAGUUUUUCAAUUAUUUCGAUCCCUUUGUGUUAUUACAGUGCUGUUUUAAUAAUUGCAGUUUUUGAAACUUUGAAGGCUGUAUCGAAAAAAAAAUUUGGUUUCAUGGCUUUCUUUUUAGUCUUUGUAACGAAAAAAGAAGCAAAGACAUUUAAAAACUUUAAUUGACGGAAAACAUGGCUACCAAGAAAAUAUUCAUUACACCAUUCUUGAAAGAAUGUGACAUCGUGAAAUAUGUUUUUUGUUUGUUUGUUUGUUUGCUUUUGUAAAACAUAGCAUGUGUGAUUCUGUCUUUUGUAGAUGCACAUUUUGUCAAACGUGUAAACAUUUGACCAACUCUUUUGAUACGGCUGUAAAACUAGAAUGUCUUUAAUCUCUGCGAGAUGACAUGAUUGAUCAGGACAAUAUUUUCAUAUUGAAAAGCAAUUCCCACAUCCUGUAUAGUAGCCGUGCAUGUUUCCAAUUGUUUUACGUGUGUAUGUAGCCGGGGUUUUUUUUUUGUGUGUGUUUUUUUUUUAAUAAACAACUGUAAUAAAGCUAUUUGCUGGA